ACCUUCAAGGAUGAAGCCUCCACAGCCUGCCCAGGGCAACCUGUUCCCUUUCCUGGUCACCCCCCCAGUGAAACCCAAAAGGAGCUGCACUGGGGUUUAGGUUGGUGUGUUUGUUUUUCCCAUAUGCCUAAACAGAAUUCCUGUUUAGCAGAAUUCCUGAGCCUGCUGCCUCUUAUCCUUUCAUUGGGCACCACUGAGAACUUUCCAUCUUCUUCACUGCACCAUGUUGAUAAGCCUGUUCCUAAUGCAGCCCAGGAUGCUGCUCGCCGGUGUCGGUGCUCUGCCACGCUUCCCCCUCCGAUGGGAUGGGCAGCCUUCCUUUUUGGCUAACAAGCUGCUGGGAAGGAGACAUCCCUGCAUUCUCUCCAUGGGCAGAACCUCCCAGUGGAUCGAUGCAGGUGCCUGCUGGGGGAACAGCACCGGCCCCUCCUGGGUGUGUGAGCUGUAUUUUGACAAGAUCCAUGACAUCUACUGGGCGCGGGUGAGAGCAGUAGCUGGAGGCGAGCGUUCUGAGUGGGCCUACUCCCGCGAGCUGCAGCUCUACAGAGACACCAUUGUGGGACCCCCCAGGUUGUCCUGCCUGCUCCAGGGUGACAUCCUCAGUGUCAGUAUCAUCAUGCCGCUCACUCCCUAUCGAAGGAAAACCGGCUCCCCGAAGCCGGUUGACCGAGUGCUGCUGAAGCUGUGGUAUUGGCUGCGCCUGUACGAAGGGGACAUGCUGGUCCAGCAGGUGCCCUGUAGACGGAGCGGGAAGGAGGCUCCAUGCACGUUCAGAGACCUGAAGCCCAGCACACGGUACUGCGUCCGCACGCUGGCCUCAGACAUGUCCCGGGAGCGGAGCCGGGAGGCCGAGCAGUGCGUGGUGACUGCCACGGACACUGGAGGCUUUCACUGGGUCCUCCUUGUUGUCCUGAGUGGCAUCUUCCUGCUGCUGACUGUGUCCGGCCUCUACUUCCUCCUGCGGCUUCUCUUCCCCAGUCCCUUGGAGACCCACCUCCCGAAAACACUUGCAGGUGAGAAGCCUCCCAUGGCCUCUGGCAGCUGGGGCAUAGCCUGGGAGCAGCGGUGUGACAGGAGCUGUGGCCCAGCACAGUCCCUGCAGGCUGAGGCUGACUCUGUUUCCCAGCAGGGUCUCCUGAACAGGGAGCUGAGUGUGACCAUUCGGGCUCCCACCCUCGAGCUCCAGCAGGACUCUGUCGCCCCGCUCCUGCUGCCCAUUCACCGCUCCCAUGGGCCGCCUGCAGCCGAGCAGACACCCGCAGCCCAGCAGCUCCUCACGGAAAGCCUUUCCCAGAACACGGGUGGCUACUGUGCCAACGGGUUUGGGCCGGACUGCUGGGAGGGAAGGGACCCGUCCUGUGCCUUGCGUCCUGCGCUGGAGCAGGUCUUGGGCUGCCAGGUCUCACUGCCGCUGGAGGAGGAUGGAAAGCGUAGUGGUGAUGAUGUGCUGGAGCAGCCAGUGGGACUGGUGGCAGACGGCUACACAGGUGACAGGGAAUACCAGACAUCCAAGACCUGGCUCUCCCUGCACCUCCAGCUCUAUUCUAAAUGCCAGUUCCAAGCCCCUGUAGCAGGCAGCUGCCUUCCCCUGCCCACACCAGGCAGGAGCCCCAGCCAGGAGGAUGAGCGGGAGAGGCUUGGCCUGGCAGACCGCUGGGUACCGCUCAGCUCCGUGAAGCUGCCGGCCACCGAGGACGAGGAGGAGGAGGAGGAUGGGGGGCAGCUCGCCACCCCCCACCAGCCCCUGCGUGUCCGUGGGGCUGCCCCGCAGGCGGGUGACGGCAGCGGGCAGGAGGGUGCCCCGGAGCAGGGGGCCAGCCGCCGCCUGCCGCCCGCCGCUGUCUGUGGCUACGAGCCGCGUCCCCCGGCAACCUGGGAGCCACAGCAGCUCUGUCCUCAGUCACGGCACCCGUAG